AUGAAAACAGUGCACAGUGAUUUAUACAAGGGUCUUAACAAUGGCCAGAGACAUGUAUAUGAUUCGAUCCUUGAUUCUGUCAACAACCAAAGUGGAACACCAUUUUUUGUUUAUGGACAUGGUGGAACAGAUAUCAUUGAGGAAAGUACAUGUGAUAUCAAAAAGGGGACACAAUUGGCAAAACUACUUGCGCAAACAACUUUGAUCAUCUGGGAUGAAGCACCCAUGGCAAACAGGUACUGCUUUGAAGCUUUUGAUAGAACUCUGAAAGAUAUUUUGUCUGAAAAAGAUCAAUCAAACACAGAUAGCAUAUUUGGAGGCCUCACCGUUGCCCUAGGUAGUGAUUUCAGACAGAUUCUACCGGUUAUACCAAAAGGGAAAAAACAUGACAUAAUACAGGCAUGUUUAUCAUCGUCUUCCCUUUGGAAACAUGUAACAGUGUUGACACUUACAGAGAACAUGAGGUUGAAGACAAACUUGGUGAACCCAAUAGAAUUGGAUAAUUUUAAGGCUUUUGACAAACGGUUACUUAAUAUCGGAGAAGGAAGGGACAUUACAGAAGAUGAAAGUUACAUCCAAAUACCUAAAGAUUUGAAAAUUGAUCAACAUGCCAGUCACAAAGAAACGAUUAUGAACGUUGUUUUUCCAGAUUUAUUUGCUCAGAUAAAUAAUAUUGAUUAUAUGAGAGAGAGAGAGAGAGAGCAAUAUUGA